GUCCGAGGAGCUUUCAAUAUUAUAGGUGGCUCGGAAUAACGUCUGUCGUCGAGAAGACCGUCUGGAAGACAUAUCUGCAGCGCGAUAAGAGAAACUGGCGGAAAUUUCAUGGGGAGAUGGAAUGUUCAAAUCGUUGGUUCGCUGCGUCGGAGCCAUCCGCGUCCUACGCUACCGAAUCGGACGCGGAUGCAGCGACGCUACCGCAUCGCUGCUGACUGAACCAAGCUUGAGGCUCUUAAACCUCGACGGGACCAGUCUCUAGUGAACCAUUCGGUGGAUUCUUGGAGAUUGUUUACAGCUGUUCAUUGGAGGCUGAACUGGGGAUCCGUAUUCCAACUCCCGUCUUUUGUAUGAGGAGAUUGCCAGUUCCAAGGACGAUAAGAGUCCGUCGCAUGAGCAACUGGAUUUUAUUGACCUUCUGGACUUGCAGGAAGAUUCGGAAGAUGAUGAUCGAAGUCACAAUGACGAGGGAGUCUCGGAGGAGGAGGUCAAGGGCAAAAUCCUUCUCGGACUAUUUUUUCUCAAAAGUCGUGAUGAAAUACAAGGCUUUCAUGCUCGACGUCCCCAGUUCGCCCAAGGUGGCUUCUAUCAUUGAAACGAUUGGCCCAAUUUUCCUCUGUCGUAUUUGGACCCCGGAUUCGACAGAGGGGUCCAGAUGACUUGAUGAUAGGUUCAUUGAGUUUCCAAAAUUUUUGUGUUUAGUUUUUAAAGUUUAGAUAUAUUAAUUUUGUUUGCUUUUUAUU